UGAGAUUUGAGAUUUGAUUUUCUUUUUGAGGGAUAGAAAACAUCUUAAAGCUGCAUAUUUUCUCACCUCCCUGUUGUCUCCCCCUAGUAAGAGAAAUCGUAUCUAUGUCUCUCACCAAGCAGCCUGACUCGAGACCAACAAAACCCCCCUCUGGCUAACGUCAUGGCUGCGCUGCUGCAGGCAGGCAGCUCUGGGGUGCGGGACAGGGCUCGUCUGGGGCCUGACGGUUUGUGGGAGUGCCACCGUGCCUCUCCUCAGCAGGCGGGUGAGCCUGCAGCACGGCACGGCUGUGCUCGCUGUUCUUCACCCAGAAAGUCUGGCUCGUUUUGUUUCUGUUAUUCAGCUGCUCGCUCUCCCGGCCCAGCAGCCCUUUCCCUCACGGGUCCAAAAAUGGGCCUAGAAAAAAAGCAGGAGCGCGCGAAUUCCGGCGCCCAAGAUGGCCGCCCGCUCCUGGCAUGCCGCUUCCCUCGCUCAAGAUGGCGGAAGGGGUGAACGACUACGAGGACGAAGCCGAGGGCGGCCAUGCUUCUUUCGGGCAGGCGGGCAGGACCAUUGCGCUGAAGAGCGGGGGAAAGGUGGUUUCUCCCAGAGGCGGUGCGAGAGGAGCGCGGCAGCCGCGAUCCACGCGUGGGGCACGGUAGGGUAAGGGUGGCGGCGAGCCCCUCCGGGACCGAAGGGUCGGUGGGAGCACCUGGACACCCAUCGCUCCCGGGGACUGCCGUGAGGGAGGGCCGAGAGCUGCCUGGGCCGCGGGCCGGGCUCGACGCCUCGUGAGGGAGCGUGGCUGCGGCGAGGCCUGGGCGCUGGGGCGGGGCCUGGGCCGAGGCCUGGGCGCUGGGGCGAGGCCUGGGGUGCCCCGAGGCGUCCCAGCACCGCGGCCUGGGCGGGUGACCUCGAUUUUCUCACAGAAAUAGCGUUUUGAAUUCAUUUCAGGCGUUCCCAUUUGUUUCUUUUGUGUCUUUGCUGUUUAGCGAGGCAGAACUAAAAGUUUCCCAGUGGCACUGCCCUUUGCACCCCCGUGGGUGAGUUGGGGUGCCUGGGGAGCACAUGCGGGCUGUGACAGGUGAAGCGCGGAUGUUCUCGCUGCUCUGACAGCUUGCUAGACCCAGUGUGGGAAUUUGUGCAAAUAAACCUGAUUUUCCAGGUGAUUCAUGCAGUCACUCUCGAAAUGCUAUCUGACAUGACGAGGAAGGGGGGAAGGCAAGAAAUCUACCUGCUUUCAUCUUACUUGGGAAGGUUUUAGCCCAGGCAUCCAGAAGUGCAGCUAUGCUCUCAUGCUGUACCAGCACUUCAAAGAGGCAUGGGAGCAGGUAUUUGGGCAGCUUCUGCAGAGAAUAACUGUGAUCAAAGGAGGUCUCAUUUUCUUCUCAUUCUGUCAAUAGGUCUGAUUGCAUAUGUGGAGGGGGGCAAAACAGAAACAAAAGUGAUCGAGGUCCAGAGAUUUCUGCCCUGCUUUGGACAAGGGGCUGCCUGUCACAGUGAGUAGAGCCUGGUGUGGGACUGCCUAAACACAGGCUUUGUUUUAACUCCAGCCUGGAAACAACUGGACGUGACCUGCUGUACUUUGGUUCCCCCACUGAUACAACAGACCUGGGGAAGGCUGCUUAGUUUUAUUGUGAAUUGCUGUGACCUCUGAUGUUAAAAAGUGCUUAUAUGAAGUGUCAUGUUAUUAUGUUACUCACAUUUUGUUACUGUUACCAUCUGUACUCCAGAAUAUUGGCUCUGAAGGAUUAUCCUAGAGUGUAAAUCUAAAUCUGUGACCACAGUAAGCCACAAUCUGUGUUUGCUGAUGACAGUUGCAUUGACAGAGUAACCUUGAGGCCUUUAGUACAUCGUGUAAAUUGGGAAUUGGGACACAGCCCUCUACUGAGCUUUUUAUGAUGGAGAAGAAAAAAAUUCUGAUGAAAUCCAAGGUUGCAGCUCCUAAUCUCCUGAGGGCACUGCAUUCUCUGUACCAGUUCGGUCACCUCUGUGACGUGACAGUUCACACGCAACAUCUAGGAAUUCAGGAGGAGUUUUUGGUUCACAAAGCUGUCUUGGCAGCUUCCAGCAACUAUUUUAAGGGGCUUUUCCUGCACAAUGAGAUGCUGGACACCAAGAAUUGCACAGUGACUCUGCAAGACAUUUAUACAGAAGAGUUCACCUCCUUUCUGGAAUUCGUCUAUACUGCAGAAGUAGAGAUUGAAGCAGAAAAACUACAACGAAUGAAAGAAAUAGCUGAAAGGCUUGAGUGCAAGGAUUUGCUUGAUAUUUGUGAAGAAGUGAGAGCAGAGGGAAAGAAGGGUUUAGAUUUGAGCCUCCAUCUGAAAGGUCAGCUGUGUGAAAAUGGUGUGCCACAGUGGCCUCGCAUCCAGCAAGAGAAGGACUGCAAACUGAGUAGCUCUUCCCAAGUGGUGGCAGUACCUAUGCAGAGGAAACUCUGGGAGAGACAAAAGCAUAAAAGGUUGCUGGCUGGUUAUGAACCCAUUGAAAGCCAAGCGGCAAAUCUGGAGCAAGAGGGCACUGCUUUUCCACAGCAAAAAUCUAGGACAGCAAAGCUGCCCAAAUGUGACAGAACGGAUAGCAGAGGCAGACUUGGCAUGGAUGUCAUUAGUCUGGAGCAGAGGAACACUCAUUCUCCCGUGAGUCAGACCGGGUCAAAGGAAGCCUGCAUAGUAAUUAAGGAUAUGCUGUCUGAGCAGUGGGAAGAUGGAAACAGUUUAAUUUCUAAACUUAGCAGUAAAACCAAAUGUAGGAGAUCACUGCGGCAUGUGGCAAAAGCCUUGCCAGAGAUCGCAUGCGAGAAGUGCAAUGAAUCGUUCCACGUUAUCAAGCAGUACCAGUCACAUAUGGAGCUCAAGCAUGACGUUAAUCUGUCUGUCAAGUACAGCUGCAACACGUGCGAGCAGCUCUUCUCCAGCCACCAGAACCUCAGGCAGCAUUGCCUCACUGCUCAUAGUGGGGGCUUCUCUUGCAUGUUUUGUGACAAGAGGUUUAAGCGCCAGAAGGACAUAAACGACCACAUCCGGAGGGUGCACGAGAAGCAGCGGGAUCCGCAGGCGUGCCCCUACUGCGACAAGGUCAUCAGCUCCAAGUGUGGCCUGACGGUCCACAUCCGAACACACACAGGAGAGAAACCUUAUAAAUGCGAGCGCUGCCCUGCCAGCUUUGCUCAGAGGUCUGCUUACAAUACUCAUGUAAGAAAAAUCCAUGAAUCUGGGCAAGAGAGGAAACUUAUGCCAGUCUACUGGAUGGUAGUUCCACCUACACAAAGACCAAAUGCAGCAAGCUGUGGCAAAGAUGGUGAUAGGGAGAUAUGGAAUGGCAUGUCAGAGGCUGAACUAGAAAAGGGUGCAAUGCACAAAGAGUCUGCAAGACGUGAGGAAGAGCCUGCAAGGCCGCCUGUUACCCGGGCAGACUGUAGUGAACAGCAAGAAGAACAGAAGCAGAAAUGUAGGGAAGCUCAAACAAGAAGGGAAACUCUGAGGGAAGAAGGGAAUGAAACUGAAGGUGAGAAGAGUGUGAAGGGAGAGGAGGAGGUAGGUUAUGAAGCAGAGUAUUCAGAUGUUGAAAAUACUAACGAUAACGAUGAAGCCUGUACUGAGGAGGACAAUGAGGAUGAUGAAUGCUCCAGUGAGAAAUGUGCUGAAGAACGUGAAUCAGAUGGAGAAUUUAAAAUAAAGAAGGUAAAUAAAAGUGGGGUGAAUAAGAAAUCUGCCUAUGUAAUAACAUGCAAUAAGUGUAAUGAGCAGUUUGUUUCCCGGAAAAAGUAUGUGGAUCACUGCAGAGACAUCCAUCAGUGCUUGCCUGGUAAAGUCUAUCAGUGUGACAUCUGCAGCAAGUCGUUUGCUAGUUACAACAGCUGGAAGGAGCAUCGAGCGUGCGUCCACACUGAUGAAAGGCAGUUUGCCUGCACCCUUUGCAAUGCUACUUUCAAAAGAAAGAGAGAUGUGAGGACACAUUAUGUGCGGAAGCACGAAGGCAGAGUCAAACGCCCUCUCUGCUCUGUCUGUGGGAAGAUCCUCAGCUCCCGAACAGCACUAGUGUUUCACAUGCGGACACAUACAGGAGAAAAACCUUAUGAAUGUGGCAUUUGUCAUUCAAAAUUUGCUCAGCCAUCACAGCUUAAGAUCCAUACCAGAUCCCAUACAGGGGAAAAACCAUAUGUUUGUGAGGACUGUGGUGCUUGCUUUGCUGAUAAAGGGAAACUCACUGGCCACAAAAGGACACACACAGGUGAGCGUCUCUUUAAGUGUGAUGUGUGUGGAAAACAUUUUGCCACCAAUGAAUAUUUAAAAUGCCAUAAACGAUGCCACAUGGGUGCUAAGCCGUACAAGUGCGAGGUUUGUGGGAAGACGUUUGGAUUGAGAGCCUCGCUAGCUCAGCACAGUAAUGUCCACGCAGAGACCCGUCCGUAUUUCUGUGAACAGUGUGGAAAAACAUUCACCCAACAGGGUGCUCUCCGGCGCCAUCAGCGUAUUCAUACUGGGGAGAAGCCUUACAAGUGCAGAGCAUGUGAGAGAACUUUCACGGACAUGUCCACCCUGCGGAGACACGUGUCGAUUCAUGACCGAAACGCUCACUGGAGAAGCUUCUUAAUAGACCUUACGACCAAAAAAACCCACAACUGGUCCAAAAUAGAGACAUUCUCAGGAGCCUGUGUGGGUGAAGACUCGGCACCAGAAAUUUGGUCAGUUGACCGAGGUAAACUUUAUAAACCAGACAGCGUCAUUCUUAAAAAAGUACAGCAUGUGCCACCUAGCGUUCGCGAUACGGAAGACACCGACCGCUCCCUCCUCUACCUUUAAUGCCCGUGCCCCCAGAAAGCCGUGCGGGCAGGGGAGGGUUCGUGCGGCGUACUGCAGGUAUGUAGGCCGGGCAACGUUUUGCUCUGUGUACAGCUUCAUUUUUACGAAGUUGUGACUGCAUCAUGCAGUGUCUCUUUAGGAAAGCGUAUGCGGAUGUAAGUAUGCGCAGGUGCAGUGCUGUCACUGUGCGUCGCUGCGGGUUUUUUAAUAAAGAUGCGCUCUCCCCUC